AUGAUUCAAGUACUGAAUCCCUUUAAAUUUCUUCAAUUCAAGACUUCUUCUUUCUUCCGAAUCAUUCCAAAACCCUUAAUUUCCUUCCAACCUCAAAGUACAAGUUUAAUGAAGAAACCUAUAGUGAUCAAAGUUAGGGCAAAUGCUAGAAAAGAAAGUGCUAAAAUUCGAAACAGAAAGAUGCAGAAAAAGUUUAAUGGCACAACAACGCAUCCAAGACUUUCGGUAUUUUGCUCGGAUAAGCAAUUGUAUGCAAUGCUCGUAGAUGACCAAAAUAAGAAGUGUUUAUUCUAUGGAAGUACGCUGCAGAAAUCGUUCCGAGAAAAUCCUUCGUGUAGCACUGCUGAAGCUGCUCAACGUGUUGGGGAGGCUCUUGUGAAAGCCUGUGUUGAUCUCAACAUAAAUGAAAUAUCAUUCUACGAUCGCAAUGGAUUCGGUCGCGGAGAAAGGCUAAAUGCCUUUGAGAUUGCCAUUUCCAAUUAUGGAUUCUUGUCUAGAUAG